AUGAACAACACUGGCAAGAAGAAGAAGAAGAAGAAGAAGAAGAAGAAGAGGAAGAAGAAACGUUUCAAAUAGAAGUCAGAGAGGGAUCCCUCUUGGGACGAGUUUCCAGUACCAGGCGAACAGGAUGGUAUGAUGUUCGACAGGGCAGAAAGACUGAGGGUGGGGGAGGUCCAGGAAGCUUCGGCUUGUGAACUUGUUUAUGGCAUCCGCAAAGCCCUAAUCCCAGUGCACCAACCACACGCGGAUCCUGAAUUCAGCGCCCCCUGUCUCGCCCACUAGAAAGAUGGGCAUGCUGCUCACGAUUCCACCGCCGGAUUAUCGCAGGUUCUCUUCUAUUUUUCUCCCCCGAACAUCCAUCCAUCCUCUCUUCUCUACCCCCCCCCUCCCCCACCUUCUCCCUCUCUCUCUCUAUAUCUCUCUCUCUCUCUCUACCCACGCGCAUCUGCUGCACGCCCCGUCCCCACAGGCCUCGAUGUCCCUAGGACGACAGGAGAGAGAUUGAUCACCAGUCAGUCCUGUCCCUGGCGGAGGACCGCUCACACGGCAUUCAUUGCGAGACCUCCGUUCGUCCCCAUCAGAGAGAGUUGAUCACAGUCUCCCACCCUUCCACUCUCGCUCUCUCUCUCUCUCUGUCUCCGUGGAACCGUCUCCCUCUCACCCCGCAGACUACCCAGGCAGGGGUGGGUGCUCUCGUGGUUGCCCCCUCGCCGCUCUCAAGACUUUCUUUCACCUUUUUCCGAGAAGAAGCAGACAAAGAACGGGAGACCUCACGCUUCGAGGCCAAGCGAAGAAAAGGGCGUCCUCUCACUCCUCAUCUCUCUGAAACCUGCAAAUUUCAGAGAAAUUUAUUCACAGACACGCCUCUUCCUUCGGGGAGAUCAAAGCGGCGGAAUCGCUCUCCCCUCUCGCCUAGGUCGAGAUCCCGGCCUGGCCCGCCUAUCUCAGAGACUGCGACCCCCGGGCCUCCACUUGCUGAGGGAAGAAGACGAUAUUCCUCCUCUUACGGGCCACUUCCCGCCAGCCCGCUGUCGGCAACAUGUUUUUUUAAUCGGGAACUAUUUCCUGUCCUGCUCGUUGUGACGUUGUAUCGUAGACGUCACACGAGGGGGACGGUAAAAAUGCUGCUUUUCCCUCCACACGAGCCACACGAGAGGAGUUACUCCGCGAGUGGCCCCCCCUCGCUGUCGUCUGCUUCCUCCAGAGUUGGAACUCUAUCGACAGGCACGGUGACGACCAGGGUGGGGGAUCCCGCCUGCCGGGAUUCCGACGAGCGGCGGCGGAUGGCAGCUUUCUGAGCUAA